AUGCCUACCGAUAUCAUGUCAUCGUGUCGCGCUGAGCACUUCGAACAGGGUUUCAUUAAGAAAACUUGUGAUGCGGAAGUGAAAUCUGGGUUUUUAGUGCUAUUAAGUCCGGGCGGGAUGCGACAGGACGUUCGUGUGGUUGUGUAUAGAACAUCUCUGGAGCAUUUCGCUGUGAUUUAUCCCAGAAAGCGUCUGUCUAAGCCAACAGGGGUGGUAAAUUUGAGGAAUACAACAGUUGAGAGGGUGGAUUCGAACUGUGGAUUCUCUGUGAGACAGAAAGGGUAUGACAAUACCGUGUCAACGAGAUUCUUGUGCUUGGAACGAGAUAUCGAGGCUUGGCUGACUGCAUUCACGGCUAUGCCUGCUACUUGCCAACACUCCACGAGUCUGCCAGUUCUAGUCGAGACUGAGGAGAGC